GAAACUGUAUCUUGGAUCUCAAGGUUGAAAUUGAAGUAGAAACUAAAGAUUGAUCAUGGCAAAUUUCUGUUGUUGUAUCCACAUCAGGGAUCUUGAAGAAGAGAUUCCAAAUUCUCAUAUUCGUAGCAGUCUCAAACGCAUCAUCCGCACCUUAGUGCGCAAGCAUGCAGAACUUUUCGGCAAUGGGCAAUCGGAUGCCCCCGUUUCAACUGCUCAAGUGGCAUCCCCGUUGAGUUUUGAUGUUGCAUCCGACGAUAUACAGCCUGACACUGCCAUAACUCCUCCAAGACACUUGCAUUUUGAUACGGAUGCCACACGCCCCAGUCAGCAACAGGAUGGGCAAGUUAGAGAACAUAACAAUAACCAAGUAAUUGACCUGGAACAUGCUAGUAAAGGAAACGAAUCAGCUGAGCUUCAAUGCGAAGGGAUAUCAACAACAAGCUGUUCAGAGCCUGAAUUGAAGUUCUCAUCUGAGAAAUCUGAAGUUGCUCGUGCCUGUGAAGAAUCUGAAGAUGAUGUUUGUCCCACAUGUCUUGAAGAGUACAUCCCUGAAAACCCAAGGAUAGUUCUUCGAUGUUCCCAUAGUUACCACCUCGGUUGCAUAUAUGAGUGGAUGGAGAGAUCAGAAAACUGUCCAAUCUGUGGCAUGGUGAUGGAAUUUCAUGAAGCAGCUUGACAACAUUGGGUUACACAUGAGACAUCCAAAAGCCGAUCGAAGAUCAUGAACAGAUGAUUUUUGAAUUAGUUUAUUAAAUGUUUUUCCCCUGUUCAAAAUUGAUGAGAAAGAGCUACAGGUUGUAGAUGUACCAUUGCAAGAAGCUUAUGCUUUUUCGUUUUUUUUUUUAUUAUUAUUAUUAAAGAAAGAGAAAAAUGACAGACAAAUUU